AUGAAUGACCCAUUUCUCGUUCCUUUUAAAGAGCGUAUACAAAAAGAAUUGCCGAAGAAAUCCGAAAAAAAAGUAGGGCGCAUUCGUACAAGUAAGUUUACUGGCAAAGAAAGAGGGGAUCUUGACGACGAGCGUCUUAAACAAGCCAAAGAACACAUUAAAGACACCGAAAAAAAUGUUAAACAGCGAGAGGAUGUCGAGGACGAGGAGACUAAAACGAAGAAUGUGUUUGAGCAAAUUUUCCAAGAAUCCUUGGAUAAAACAAAACAACGUGAAGACUUGGCUUCGACGUUGACUCUUUCUGAUAUUUUCUCGAUUAACAAAACACGAACGAUGACACAACCGUAUACAUCUGCUAUUAUCAGUCCGACCGACCAAACAAAAGUUUACUUCUCGUCACAAGAUGGGAAGAUUAUGACAUACGAUAUCACAACUAAUAGAUUCAGUGGGGAAUUUAUCAUCCCAGAGACUAAAAAAUCUUCGAGACGUCCUCCCAUCAAUAAUUUGACAAUCGACCAAGAAGGAACUGUGUUGGUUGCUGCCGCUUCAAAUAAACAUGUCUACUGCUUUGAUCCCAAAACAAAUGAGUUGUCCGGUGAUUUAAGAGGACAUCAAGACGAAGUUAUGACGUGUUGCUUUAGAGAAGGGACACUUGAUCUCUUCACUUCUGGGAACGACAGGUCAAUCAAAAUGUGGAACAUUGCGACGAUGGGGUUGAUGGACACGUUCUAUGGUCAUUUGAACUCAGUGACUACUGUUGAUGCACUUUCGAGUGAACGGUGCUUGACGGCGUCGACCGACAAGACUCUUAGAAUCUUCAAAGUAGUUGGAGAGACGCAAUUAGUCUAUAAUUCCCAUGAAAUCAUGGAUUGUGCUGCCUUUUUGGACGAAGCGAAGUUCAUUGCUGGGUCGAAUGUCGGAGAUCUGUCACUCUUUGGUGUGACACGUAAGACGCACAUUGAGAAAUUAGAUAAAGCACACAAGAAUGGGGUGUCCACUAUUAAGUGCAUUCGUUACAGUGACGCCUUCUUUACUGGUGGAGUUGAUGGAGUAGUUAAGUUCUGGAGUUAUAAAGACAGAAUUGCGUAUUUAGAUGGCGAAAGGCACUUUAACUUGAGUGGCAGUGUCCAAUUGCCGGGAUGUGUCAAUGGUAUUGAUGUGAUGAGAGAUAAUUCUGCGAUAGUCUGUGCUGUUGGGAGGAGAUUCCGGCUUGGUGAUUGGCAUGCGGACCCGAGUCGUAAGAACGGUAUUGCUAUUAUCAAACUGAAGUGA